UCGAAAAAAGGGAAACAUUUUGCCUUCCCGUCAGCUCAGAGUUUUACUUUCACUGAAGCUUCGGAUUCUUCGCUUUUAUUUGACAAAGUCUUGUGGCUGUGCCGGUGACUUCAGAUCGCGAUUGCUUGAGAACACGGAAACUGUGGCCUUUCGGCUUGAAGUGGGUCGGUGACUUCAUCGAUCAGGCCCUUACUUUUCAACAAGGUCCUUUAACAACACCCGUGUGUCAAUUUCCUGCUGGAGGGCAUGUCGAGGAAAAUAUCGAGAAAAUAAUUCGAGUCCCGGGAAAGAAAUUUCGACCAUCAAUCAAAUUCCGAAUUCAACCCCGUGCAACCUCAGAGGUAAAGUAACUUCGCCGCGAAGGACAGCACUUAGCCAUCUUUUGAGAAUCCCACAGACUUUCCUGCGGAUUUCUAAUGUUCAGUGUGACGGUUCAUUGUGUGAUGAGGUUUUUUGUGGAGGCUCGUACACGUCGCCAUCUUCUCUCACUUCGAAAUCCAUACAUCUGCCACUCGACGAUCUACGCGAUAAGAUAGGCCUGUUUUACACUUGACUCCUGUAUAAAAACAGAGAUGGGUACAUGUAGUGUACAUGAACACUUUUGUCACGUAAGCUCGUGCAUGGGGCAAGCUUGUCGAAAUUUAUCCAGUGAGACCACCGUAACAUGGAACAAGCGAUUGAGAAAUCGCCACGCUUGAGUGAGCGUGAAGUUUAUGUGGAUCUAUAAACCUAAUUCCCAUCGAUGCAGCUUUGGGCAAUACUCGGUCCAAUUUUAUACAAGUCCGCCUCCCUGAUCUUGUGCAAAUCCUACCCAAAUUGCAGUCCUUGCAAAUCCGGGCAAGUGGCACAUUCCCCCCCCAAAAAAAAAAUCAACAAAAAACAAUUGACGCAUGCAUUUGACGACGGCCAGCCGUCACCGUCCGCAGCCUGUCCCUCAAAACAUACGGUAAUAAUAAUUAUAAGUUAAGGGUCAUAGUUGCAAACUUUUUGUUCCGGCACAUAAGGCAGACGAUCCGGGGGUAAACAAGACGAAAACCCCGGCCAAGCCGACCCAGGGAUUGAGAGAGGACCCCUUGUCGCGAUAAUGGCAUCAGUGGAGCACGGCAGACCUUGGCUACGCAUGCCCUACCAGCCAACUUCGACUCAGCUUUACAACAAACCUACGCCUCCGGAACCAAUAAAGUACACAAAGGUAAAAAAAAAGUACAUACACAAACACAUAACAAGUACUCUCUCCAUAAAACGAGUCAAACCACCAAUGAGAUGACUUUUUUUUCGAAUCGGAUGCAGAUUAACUUGUCAAUACCGCUGUAGUAAAGCAAGUAAUUACACGACAAGCUCUUCUCCAGGAAGGCCUUCAACAACUAGAAAAGUUCGCUUGUACUUUUUUGUUUCUCCGCGCAUGAUCGCAAACGUGGGUAAAUUCGAGGGGGAGCCACAACUUUCAGCUCGCGAUUGCUGAAGACACUGUUUCGCUACUUGCCCCCCGAGGAGGUUUUCGGAGCUGUCGACGGUCCGCCCCAAUCGGUCCUGGAUUCUGGAUCGUCGUGAUUGUCUGUACUGUGUCCGGAGUGUGGACUCAGGGUAGGGUUUCACCUGGACCAAGACGGGAGCUGCAACAGCGGACGCUCGACGAUGGACUUGACUCACCCAUUCUACUUUCGCCACGUUCCAGCGCGUGAGAAACCACGGCGAGGUCACGGAGGAGUGAACCAACUUGGCGGCGUUUUUGUGAACGGGAGGCCGUUGCCCGACAUGGUUCGACAGCGAAUUGUCGAUUUGGCCCACAGCGGCGUCCGACCCUGCGACAUCUCCAGGCAACUUCGCGUGUCGCACGGCUGCGUCAGCAAGAUUCUUGGCAGGUACUACGAGACGGGAUCAAUCCGGCCAGGGGUCAUCGGAGGAAGUAAGCCCAAGGUAGCCACUCCAAAAGUCGUGAACAAGAUCGCGGAGUACAAACGGCAGAAUCCCACCAUGUUUGCCUGGGAGAUACGGGACCGGUUACUGGCCGAGGGUGUCUGCGAGAAAGACAGCGUGCCUAGCGUUAGCUCCAUCAAUAGAAUUGUCAGAAACAAACUCGGUGACAAGAAACCGGAUGAGGACACCUUGACCGGGCUCGCCUCCUCCUCGGCCUCCUCCAACAGCAUUCUAUCGCCGGAGGGGGACCGCACUGGCUCUUCCUAUUCCAUCAACGGGAUCCUGGGUAUUCCCAAGCCGGAGAAAAGACACAAGCGCGAAGGCUUUUCUGAAGAGAGCGGUCACGGCAAAAUGGGCGGCGAGGACAAAGCCCGGGAAAUGAUGCGGACGAACGGGGGCGCCUUCUCUCCCCACCAGAUCGAAGCCUUGGAGAAGGCCAUCGACAAGUCUCAGUACCCCGACGUUCUGUUCAUGCACCAAGAUUCCCAUGGCAACAGAAGACAGGUCACAACCAGCGAGUACCAUUCCUUGACAGCCGCCCUCGGUGCCUCGACGCAUGCGUCUGACGUCAAACCUCACGUGGGCGACCCCCACCAACAACAGCACCACCAAGCGGUGACUUGCGGCUACCAAGGGUCGGCUUCCCACACCAUCACGUCCUCCACCAGCGGCGGUUCCCUCAAGCACGAAGCGGUGGCCGCCAGCGGCACGUUGACCGUGCUCCAGCCAGCUGCCGUCGGUACCAUGACCGGCUAUAAUCACUCGCUCAGUAACCACAGCGCCCUCUCGCAGCUAAGCUCUGCCGCCUCCAACUUCAGCCAAUAUCCAGUAGGUUCUAAUGCGGGCUAUCCCACUUCGAGUCAAGGGGGUUAUGGCUCUGGUUCCAUACAUGCAAGCCUUGGUCCUCCACUGGUUCUCCCCCCGGGUGGUGGUUCCUACGGUCACACCACCAGAGAAGGUGACUAUUCCAAUCAGUUUUCAUCCAUGCAGUACAACCACCCUCAGUUCUCUUCCAUGACACCAAGCCACUAUAAUGACUGGCAACGGCUAAGCACGCAGAGCUUGCUAACUAAAACCGGACCCAGCCUGCCCGCCAUGACAAGCCAGAACUCGGCCCCAGCCCAGCUGCAGAUCCCACCACAACCGCCGCAACAUCACCAGCAACAGCAACAGCAGCAACAACAACAACACCACUCUCGGACGGCCCAGCAGCACCAGAGCCAGGGGCAUGCGCAGUGCGAGGCCCUGGUGGGCAUGACGUCAUUGGACGCCAUGGUUGGCGGGAACCGACUACAGAAUGUAUUGGAUUUGCGAACCACUACCACGGGUAGCACGGCGGGGAACAAGGAUCCCAAAGUGUCGCUCGCCUGGGUAACGUUAGAUCAGUGAUAAAAUCAACCAACAUGAAUUCAGCUCGGACAAGUCAAUAAUUCUGAGAGCCUUAAACAUGUAAUUAUUCACAACUCGUUUAAAUGAAGGAGAAAACUUGUAAAGCUAUGCCGGCCAGCGAUAUUUAAGUAUUCCAAACUACUGUGACAAUUUUUAGUUCAUGGAGCAAUUAUUUCCUUUGAACUUUGACCGCUCAUAUGGCCGCUUGGCCUACCGUGUUGGUCGGUUUGCUUUAUCCGACGGGCACUCUGUUUGCAGUGGGGGGGGGAGCUAUCAAUUUUACCCGACUGUGUACUGAGAAUCGCGCGUCGGGUGCAGGUAUGAUUACUACCUUCCGCCGAAAAAAUAAACCGGUGAUGUUCAACACUGUGUAUUUAUUAAUUUAAAAGAUCGGUUAUCCUUGAAAUAAUGUUGAAAAAGAAAGAAUAUAUUUAUACCUUUUGAAAAAAAAACAUGUCUGCCGGCGUUUGUUUUGCUUGCAUGUCUAUCUCGUGGUUUCAAAUAAUUUCCACCCCUAAAAUCGACUUUUUGAGGGAAGUGAAAACAAAAGGGAAGCUGCACUCUUCGACAAAAUUGUCGACGCACAGAAUUCUGCCUUUCCCAAAUUCAGUGUUGUCGACAAUGGCUUUUUUUUUUCAAUGAUAAACUUCAUCGCCUCUUCUUCGAAUUUUUCUCCUUUUUCAGCCUCGUCAGAAAUCUGGCUUCAUCUGACAGCCGCAAAAUCACUCUCUUUAUCGGACUAGGGCUAGCGAACUCGAUUUUAUUACCACACGUCAACUUUGUUCAUACUGUGAAAGGAAAUACAUGUAGUCUGGUGUACCGUGCCAGUCGCACUGUAUUUUGAACUGCCACGGUCUCCAAAUACUCGACAAGCGUCCGUUUCGAUAGCAUGUAUUCAGGCUGCCGCUAGCACGACUACAUCGCGACAACGCCGUAAAACAAAUCAUUGUGGAUUUCAAAAUGCAACUCAGUUUUAAGUCCACCGUACAGCAGCGCUGGAAGUGUGGCAGUUUAUUGUACUUCUGUAGGACGUUCGGGUUUUGUUUGUUUUUGUUUUUUUCAAGUAUGCUACUCCCUUAUGUGCCGGUCAUAACUGUGCCGUUAGGACAAAUAAAACAAGUGUAAAAUGCAUCAAACAUUUCUCAAAGUGCCUGUUCUCCACAAACAUUUUAAAAUACUAUUAUACCCAUCCAAAAUGUUUUGCAUGCAACUCAGAUAUUCUGUGAAAUAGCAAUAUGGCAUUCCUUAAUAACAACAUUCUGUAUAUAUUAAGAUACCUUAACUAUAUUCAUUUUUUGUCACUUAUACUAGUUAUUGUGGUAUUUAUACGAAUGAACAAGAAGAGGUUGAACGACUUUAUUACGAAUAAGCCUGUUUAUGACAGUUGUUGGCUGUAUAUCAUUUGACUUUUUAUAUCGUAAGGGAUCGUAGUCUACGUUUAAUACUUGUAAAUGCUACAUAGGUUUAUCUUGGGUGUCCACGCUAUUUACGUUCAUUAGGAGUUGGUGCAAUACAUCUUAAGUUAUUAUCUUAAACUGGUAUGCGGUAUGAAAUAUAUGAACGGGGUGAUAUGUAUAUAGCUGCAACUUAAGUCUCGCCACGUCUCGCCGUGAACGAGAUUCGUUUUCAGUUGUGUUUCGUGACUUGUGCAUUAUUGAUCAAUAUUGGUGUAAUUCUACUGCAAAUGGAGCCAUGUUUUUGUGCCAAGCCACGGUCUUCUAUUGUUCGUAGCGUAGCGAUCGCCGCCCCAAAGGAUCUCCCGCCAGAGAUUAAUUCAAACACUUUCCAGCGACUUGUGGUGUAGUUCUUAACGUCGACCAUCCCCACCCUCAUCCAAGGGCGUAGAUCCCCGGGACUUGGGGGAAAAAAUCCCCAACCGCCUUCCCCGGACCUGUCAACUGGGGAUUUUGUCAGAAAUGUGGAUGUAAUGAAUGAGAGGGGGAAAAUCAGUGUUGCUCGUGAUUUGUAGGUUUUUUUGUUCUUCAUUUAGCAUUUGACAUGAAUUUGCUCUCUUGACGAACGACUUGGCUGAUUUCAUCAUCUUUCCCUACACCCGCAUCUACGCCCUUGCCUUCAACGCGCAUCAGGGAUCAUCUUGUAGAUCAUCUCCUUUCCUUUAGUACCAACACGGGCGAUUCACAAAAGUGCGCCUCCAAGAGUUUGCAACGCCUUGGCCAAUCACGACGCGCGUUUGGAAAGGGUCUACAGAUUUCGCGCGCUGUGAUUGGCCAACGUCUUGCAAACUCUUGGAGGCGCAAUAGGCGUACUAUACUUCGGUUUCAUUCCGUUCCUUUUUAUUGCCAUGUUGACUGCACUAUACUGUAUUGAGCAACUUAUAACAGUGCUUUAUGUGCUCAUUAAUACAUGCACUGACCGUCUCAGGCGUUUUUAUACUAUUUGUAAGUAUCGAAUCAGCUAUAUUGUAUUGGGCAAGGUCUCCAGAAAGGUCGUGUUUGUUUUGCUUGAGACGCGGUGGUCAUGGGGUUUGGUUCACCAUUCAUUCGGUUCAGAGAGCUUAACUUAAAGGCAUUCUUACACAGCAUAUCAUCUAGGGUGACAGUAAUGGACAAAUUGUAACAUUUGGGAGAAAAUGAGGUUUACUACCGUUAUUAAUAAAAAAGACUCCGAAUAGGUCAUUUUAAUCGAUGUAUCAUUCUUGGAGUAAACGCACAUUUAAAAUGACGUUUUCAGUUUGACAGGUAAUGACAAGGGCAACAUUUUAAGGAAAAUCAGUCAUCGUUAUGAAAUAUCAUGACUGGUUAUUAUUUCGUGGCUUUUACAUGAUUUGACUUAACGAAACCUAAGCUCUGGAACACAAGUUUGUAAAGUGGGCGUCUGACAAUCCUAACCGAGAUUCGGUCCAGUUUAAAUUUGAACCGCCGCUGUAGUUUAAACCACCGCAAGUUGUUUUUUUAUUUGACAAGAUCUACGGAUUGGUGAAAUACGCUCAACGUAGACGAUGAUAUCAGUAUGCUAUAAUUUGUAUAUUUUAUAGAUAUUUAUAGUGCACUUAUUCUGUCUGGUAUGUCCCGAUCAAAGAGAACAAAAGAGAAACAAUUUCUUGAUUCCUUUGAUCAGAUCUCUUGUAAUCUUGCUCUAUUAUUCAUGCUCUCAUAACAUUCCUUACAGUCAUUUCUCGGGGGCUUUUUCAUUUGUUAAUCUUUUAUUGCUGUUAUUGCUGCUCCAAUGUAUUCAAGAUUUAGUUAAGCGUCAGUAACUAUUCUCGUUUUGAUCAUUCCAACUCGCUGAAGUCACAAGACCUCAGUUUCGAAUGUCUGCGCAUAUGCAUAUGUAUCAGUGUUCACAAAUACAAUGCGAUUGUGAUCAAAUCUUUUCCUGUUGGUGCGUUUAUUCAUAUUUACACAAUGUCUAUUUUCGCGGAAAUGUUUUACUCGACAGUACUGUAAACCGUGUACUGCUUAAUAUUCCUCUUAAUACGAUUGCCAUUCUUUUGAUAAAACAGUGUAUUCCUUACAAUGUAAAAUAUAGUUAUCUUAGCUGUUCUUUUAUUGUUAAAAAGUUUCCAUUAUAUGUUUGUCUGGGGUAAUGUGAAGUAAAGAAAUAUGGGACGAUAAAAAGAAGGUA